UGUACCCUGAGAAAACAUAAACCGAACCGGAAGCCCCGGACCCCCUUCACCACGCAGCAGUUGAACUCCUUAGAGAAGAAGUUCAGAGAGAAACAAUAUCUUUCCAUAGCAGAGAGAGCAGAAUUCUCAAAUCAUCUUAAACUUACAGAAACUCAAGUCAAAAUUUGGUUCCAAAACAGAAGAGCUAAGACGAAACGACUUCAAGAAUCUGAAUUAGAAAGAUUAAGAUUUGCCUCUGCACCUCUCAUGCCUCAUCCUUUUGGUAUCCCUCCCUCCCUCCUCCCGGGAGCCCUCAAUGGAUUCCCGCAUUUUCCCCCGGUAUCCCUCGCCUCCCUCUCACAAUCCCUCGCUAAUAGCGGACAACGUCUUUAAAUAUGUGAUUUGGAAACUAUGACCCUGUACAUGACUAUAUGGGACAUUGAUGCACCGAACAUGACUUUAUUUGAUGGUUGAACAUGUCUACACACUGUGGUUGAUCUGACGGCUCUAGACAAGGAAGAAGAGAGAUUUGAUGAUGAUUUCGUGCGAUAUAUAAAUAUAGAUCCAAACCACAAACAGUCCCAUUCAUAAAUCAUAAAAUUGAAAUUAAAAUAAAGAAGAACCUGAUUACUUGCCUCAACCUAUAAUUUUCUUAUUCUUAUAUUUAGACUUUAUAUUUUAAAAUAUCAAAUGUUCGAAAGUUGGAAAGAUUAGAAAAUUACAGUUUAAGGCGGGUAAUCAGUUCCUGUAUUAUCAUUUCAAAUGUCCUUCUGACACAUUUUUUACUUUUGAUUAUUUUAUCCCGAUUUGGAGUUUUUUUUUAUAUCUUUUCAUGUUUCACGUCUUUUUUGUAUUCAUGUUCCGUGGAUAUUCAAAAACUUAGUUUCAUCUGACCCCCCUCCAUCAACCCCCCCUCUCAUAUCUGAUAAAAAUAUCAAAUUAAAUUGUGUAAAUUCACCAUCAUUGAAUAAAAUGUGACACUUUCCAUUCAACUUCAACAUUUUCCGCGGCCAUUUUGGAAAGUUGUGAAAAGGCGGGAAAUGAAAAACUUUUUCAAUUUUUGAAUUUUAAAUUCUUUAAAGUUCUCUUUGUUGAGCUGUCAGAAGCUGUGACAGCGUGUAAUAUACUUCAUAGAUAUAUCAUGUCAGCACUAGCUGUCUGGCUGUCUAGCUGUCUGACUGUCUAUUUCUACACCUAUCUAUGAAAAGCUCACUGCUACAGACUAAACGAUAAAUAAAUAUACAUGCAGUACAUAAAAAGUAAACACAAUAUUCGUGGAAUGUAAACAAAUAUUCAAUUCCGAAUUUUCCCCGGAUUAGUAUCGGACAUGUAAUUACUAAUAUUUAGUGAUAUAACCCAAUUUAGUUAAUUUAUAAUAAAUUUUAUA